GCAUUUCGUCGAAAGCUCAAUUCGUUGACAGACUAUUCAAAAACCACCGGAUUGAUUUCACGUAAAACAUGAAUAACAAACCAUUAAAGGUUCUAUUUAUCAUAGUGGCAAUAUUGUAUGCUCUUAAUACGACGGAAAGCGUCCAAAUAAAUUAUAUCAAAGUUCCGCAAGCUGUGAAAAACGAUUCAAACAUAUCAGUAAUAAUGGAUUGCAAUUACUCAUUAAGACCUGAUGAUACAGAUUUAGUAAUAAAAUGGUAUUUGAAUGAAAACAUGGUUUACCAAUGGAUACCGCCGAAAGCUCCACAAAGUUUCGGAGCUUUGAAAAAUAAAGUAGAUUUAAAGUACAAAGCGACAGAUGAUCCGAAAAGCGUUCACAGAGCGAUGAAAAUAUUCAAUCCCACGAAUGAUAUCGCCGGUGAAUACAAGUGCUCGGUUUAUUCCUUCACUGAUGAGGAUUAUUUCAUUAAAAAUAUGCACGUUUUUGUUCCGGAAAAAACAUUAGAAAUUUUCAAAAGUGGACACGACGAGCGUACAGUGAACUUUACUUGUUUAGCUACAGAAACCUUUCCCAAACCGAAUUUACUCAUGUUCAAGAGCUACAAAGAUCAUUAUCAUAGAAAAGGAUUGUCAACAGUGCAAUGGGACGUUAGUAAACACAAUUCAGGACGUUUCACAACUUACAUUGUAUCGUCUUUAAACAGGGAAUAUUUACAAGACGGAUCGAUAAUUCGGUGCGAAUUGAGAAUUCCUGAUACUGGUUAUGUUAAAAUGAGAAGUAUUCUUUAUUACUCAGAAGUUGACAAGGAUUCAGGUUCAACUAAUAGAAGCCAAUUUUUUAACGUGAUUAUAAAAAUCAUUUUCCUUCUAAUCGUUAACUUUGUAUUUUGUAACUUUAUGUAAACUUGUAGAUGUUUGUUGGUUGAAUUAAACAAGAAAACAAUUAUGUAAUUUUAAAACACUUACAUUGGGAUAUCCUUUUCUUCCAAUAAGAUGGGAACUAAACUCUAAAUUCAUCGAGCGUGUGCAAACUCUUCCAUUUUUAUUAAAAAAAUAAACUUGCAAUCGAAAUAUACCUAUAUUAAAUUUGUCCUGGCGCCAAUUUGCUUCUCACAGCUUUUCCAUAAGCAUCGGCACCCUUCUGAUUGGCUUCUGCGUAAUCUGGAAUGGCCAAUGAACAUCUGGCCAUCCAGUUAAAUACAUUCGAGUAAGGAGAUAUGUCCCAACCU